AUGGUGGCGAUGCUGCAGCUGGCGCUGAGCUGCGCGGCGGCGGCGCCCGAGCAGCGGCCCAAGAUCGUGUACGUGGUGAAGAUGAUCGACGAGGUCCGCGCGUGCGGGGUGGAGGCGUCGGCGUCGGCGUCGCACGAGUCCUCCGGCGUCUCCGACUCGCCCGCCGUGUCGGAGGGCGGCGGCGGCGCGCUCAGCCAGUGA